AUGGCUGCCAUAUCCCGAGCCUGUCGCAUCCGCAACCCAGCGGUCUUCAUUUGCGACCUGCAAGAGAAAUUCGAAAAGGCCAUCUUCGAAUUUCCCAAGAUUGUAUCCACAACGACGAAGCUCCUCCGCGCAACAAACACCCUCUUAAUACCAACCUUCGUCACAACGCAGAACCGCGCCCGACUAGGCCCUACUGUUCCCGCGCUCCAGCAGCACCUCAAUGGCCCUAAUGUCCGCGCCGACAUCGACAAGACGUUAUUCUCGAUGAUCACUCCGGAGCUCGAAUCGCUGCUUCCACUCCCGACGAAAGGAGAGACACCGCUUGAUGCGAUUAUUGUCGGUAUCGAGACGCAUAUCUGUGUGACGCAGACGACGCUAGAUCUGCUGGAGCGCGGACAUCGGGUGUACGUGCUUGUCGAUGGGGUCAGUAGUAUCAAUGUGGAGGAGAGAGCCAUUGCGCUGGCGAGGUUGCGGGACGCGGGGGCCAUUGUCACGACGAGUGAGAGUAUUCUGUUUGAGAUCCUGGGAGACGCGAGUCACCAACAUUUCAAGGCAAUUACGGGACUUGUGAAGGAGACAAAGGAGGAAACUAAGGAGGCAUUGGAUAAGCUUUCAAAGAUCUAG